CAUUGGUGAUACUGGUAUUACUAGUAGUAUUGGUGAUACUGGUGAUGCUAGUGAUACUGGUGGUGCUAGUAAUACUGGUGAUGCUGGUGGUACUGGUAGUGCUGGUGAUACUGGUGAUGCUGGUGAUACUGGUGGCGCUAGUGAUACUGGUGAUGCUG